AUGACCCUUCAAGCUCUCUUUGACUAUCCGUAUCUCCAACCACCGCAUCGUCGUAGAUUUCGCAACGCCGUCUCAUUUCCAUGGAGUACUGUGACCGCUGCGAACGCUACUUCGGGAGCGAACGUGCCCUCGAACAACACCAAGACAACUCCAACGCACACAACGUCUGCUACAGAUGCAACAGGGACUUUCCGUCACAGCUGGGACUCACGCAGCAUUACGUGCAGAGCUCUGUUCACUUCUAUUGUCAACGCUGCGAUGAUCAUUUCCCCUCUUCUCACAAGCUCCGUUCUCAUUUCGAGAAUGUCCAUUACUUUUGUCCUAUCUGCAACAAUAUUCAACUUUGAGGUGGGGCUGCACGAGCAUAAUCGUCAGAAGCAUCCAUAUUGCACAAGCUGCAAGCGCGUUUUCCAGAGCGAUGUGCACCUGCGGACCCACCUUAAGUCAUCUAUUCACCAAGGCCGCACAGUCGAAUGCCCAGGAGAUCGGUGUAGUCGUGCUUUCCCCUCUAUCGCUGCGCUCACCCUCCACCUCGAAUCGGGCACCUGUCCGUCGCGCAUUACACGCGAGACGCUCAACCGUGUCGUCGUCCAGUACGACAGGAACAACAUCAUCACCAAUCCAGCGCGGCUCAUUGGUGGGCCUCAGGGGUACUCUACAUCCACACAGACAGUGGAGAUGUGGGCAACGAACCGCGCCUGGAAUGGCGAUCGCUUCGAGUGCUACCUGUGCCACCGCGAGUACAACACCCUUCCCGCACUUAACCAGCACCUUAAGAGUCCUGCCCAUGCAGACAGAAUCUACCGCUGCCCGCGUGGCUAUAGCGGUUGUGGUGCAGAGUUCCGCACGUUGAGUGCGCUGUGCCAACAUGUGGAGAAGGACACUGGAGUCGCUAAGGGGUGGAGUGAACCGUCUGACAUUCUAGAGCGUCCAACGGAGACUUCCGUGGACAAACGAGCUGGGGUUCGACUCUUGUAUUCCGUUCUCUUUCAGGCACCCAUCGAGUUACAACCAUUGAAGUCCGAUGAGUCAUCGUCUCAUUUCUUCGCAGGCGAGGUUAUUCCUUCAAGUUCAGUCGAGGCGAGACGCACUUUAGAAUUCGCCUUCGCAGAGUCGAUGCGAAACGUGUCGUCUCAGGUCUCAAAUCUCACGUCCUUCAAUCUUGUGGUCAGUUUUGCGACUGAAGGCUUCCCAUCUUGGAUACCGACUAGCAAACUUCUCCGUCGCGUUUAUGUGGGAAGAACGGCGCCUGGUGGUCCCUUGCUGCGCAGACUCAGCAGCAUAGAACAACUUGCCGACCUUACUAUCUCACUUUUGGCCCCAGGGGCAGUUCACGACUUCGCGGGGAUCUGCUUGCAGACCUUGGUUCGAUUAUCGUUAGCUGGGGCCAUAGAGACACUCACCCAACUCUUUGCCGGUGUUUCUCUACCAAGCUUGAAACGCCUUUCCCUAGUCCAGAUUUAUUCUAGCGAGUUGUCUGGAGUUGUUGGUGUCGAGAAGCUACACAAAUAUCUGGAUACCCUGUCACAUGCGUGUUCAAACACUAUAGAUGUGUUAGAGAUGCGUUUCGAUGCGACUUCUGGUAUUCAAAUAGUUAACAGCACGGCAGGACAACAUCGUCUUCUCGACGCCAUAUACCCACUAUUAUCUUUACAGCACCUUCGUGAACUCAAACUCACAUUUUCUCAUAGUCGGUAUUGCAUCUCUGUCGUCGACCACGAUGUUGAGGAAAUGGCGGCAGCUUGGCCUAGACUCACAAGUCUAUUCAUGGAUGACGAGUUCUCAUCGGAUAUGCCUUCCAUCGGCUCAACGCUAUGGCUCGCGCAACAUUGCCCUGACCUCAGUAUACUACAUAUGGGUGGUUUUCGACUGAAUCUUCUACCAUUGGAGGCCCAGCCCAUCUUGUCACAUAAACUACAGAAGAUCAGUUUUAAUUCACUUGCUUUGGAGACAGAGAACGAAGAUUUACCACGGAUCACGUCAUUUCUUGAUGCCACCUUCCCCUUCCUUGAGGUAGGGGCCGUAAAACCUUUGGAGGAUCGACAUUAG